AAAUUUUCUUCAAAAUUCAAAAAAAAAAUACAGAGACAAAAAUUUCAAACAAGAAAGAAGAGUGAAAAAUAAUGAAAAAGCAGUUCGUGUAGUGAAAAAAGUGAUUUAAAAAAAAGCAAAAAUGAGUGGUUUCAAGAGAAGGCAAAGUCGGGUUUUUUGGAAUCAAAUGGCCACACAGGAUUUAAAUGGCAAAUGUUCAUUUUCAUAUUCGGACAAUACAUUGAAUAAUUCUCAAAUAAUUGAUGUGACACAAAGUCCAAGGACAUUGUCAAUUCGAAUUGAUUCUGAAAAUUCGUCAAAUUUCAAUGACUAUGAUGAUGAGAACGAUACAACGACAGAUGUUAGUAAUGUGACGGUUAUUAGAGUGGAGCCCAUAUCUCAAAGUAACGAAUCUAGUCAAGCGUCAGAGGGUAAUAAUUCAGCAAUAAGUGAGAGAUUGUUGGGAAAUGUUGUUUCCGGUGAGGAGAGAUCAUACAGUCCAGCGAGUCUCGGUCACAAGAGUUUGGAUUCGGGAUUUUCCGACUCUGACAGUUCAUGUGCGGAAGUGGGAAUUUCAGCGGCAAGAAGAAGAAGGGUUAAAAAUCGACAAUCACGACAGAAACGUCCCAGAAAUCACAGACUAAACUCCCUUUGGAGGGAUAACGAGGCACCGCCAUAUCCCUCACAUCAUUCAACGCCAAAGAGAUUAUUGCCGAGAUUCAGUGCUCAAAUAUUGGAAUCUCCAUUGAAUACAACAUGGGAACAAUCACAUCACGAAAGAGAAGAAGAUGAAGAGACGUCGAAAUAUCCAUCGAUGGAUUCAUCGUCAUUGGGCGAUUAUUUAUUUGCAACGGAACCACCGGAGGAUUCAAUACCCUCAACUUCCAGUUCCGGCUCGAGGUCAUUUAUUGAAACGAGUGACACGAGGAGAAAUGCAACUCGCUUGCAUUUUCAACAAUUUGCACCUGUAAAUGCCUGGUUAUUAAAUUUGGCGCAGGAAGUUGAUGAGGAAUGUGGCGUUGCCCUACAAAGUAAAGCACUGCCGAGGAGAAAAAUUGAGGACUUGAGUACAGAGGAAUUACAAACGAGGGACCUGAAGAUGUUGACUGCCUCGGCUACAACCGCCGCCACCAAAUUAUUAUUGCGAGCUGAAAAAUUCGAACAAAAUUAUCAAACAGUUUUCGACAAAAUUUCCCACUUGUCGAGUGCAAGAUCGGAAACGGAAUUAUUGCAAGCAAUAGAAGAAGAUGCUUUUUCUGUUUUGUCGGACCUCGGAGCACCUCCACCGCGAAGAAUUCACCAGGGAAGUCUUAGAAGUAUUAUCGCUCAAUUGGAAAAUCUUAAAGAUGUCGUGGACACUGCCCUCAAUACAAGACUGGACUUUUAUGUUGAAAGAGUCGUACGCGGCUUGGAGGAGGCGCCUUCAGAAGGUGGAAGUGCAGCACGCGGUGCACUCGCCGCAUUAACAGCUUUGGGAAUGUCUGGACCACGUGCCGGAAGUAGUAUUGCUCGUUGUUCGGGUGUUCGAACCCUGCUCACAUCAUUAAUAUCGGCAGUUCGUUUAAGUAGCGAUUUACGUUCAGCUUCGCUACGCGCCUUAGCCAGCGUUUGCUGUUGUUCUGAGGCAAUUGAAAAAUUUGUCAACGAAGAUGGUCCGGAAAUACUCGUCGAUCUUUUAGCCACGGAAUUACGACCUGAAACUGAGAAAAUGGAAGCUGCAGCAUUAGUUGUACAAAUAACAGCGCCAUGGACAAAUGCAAUGGGACUUUCACAUCUCGAGCCUUUCGCCGUGACACUUGUCGAUGCAUUGACAAAAUUGGCGGAGAAAACCGCUUGCAGUCAGACCCUUUUACUUGCUGCCGCCGCUCUGAAUCAUCUCUCAAAAUCGAGGACAUAUGUCGGGGAAAUCUUGAAGAGGGACUCGAUCAAGAAAUUAUUGCAGUGCGUCAAGAAAGCGCCAGGCGGAAAUGUUUGGCUCAUGGAACAGGUCGCAUCUCUAAUAGGAGAAGUGGCUCGAAUUCCAGAGGCUCGUAAACAUCUCGCUGAGGCUCGAGCAUCAGUUGCUCUCGUCUGCUUCCUUCGGAUGCGUCCACCGGGCCUGGAGGAUGCAUACCAAAGAUUGGAAAUAACAGCAGCAGCAGCGCUCACGAGACUUUGCGUCGAUCCUGAAAUUGCGAGACAAGUCGUCGCCGUUGGUGGCACCGAUUGUCUUCCAUCUUAUAAUGUCGAGGAUUUUCCAUCCGACGAUGAGGAUCAAGAAGUCUGUCUUCUAAAAUACACAAAAUCGCUGAGAAUGGCUUGCCGAAAAGCCGCUCAAGAAAUCGACGUCGCUAAAUCCUGCGAUUAUGCUAUUGGCUAAUUGAUCUCUAAAGUCGUAACAUCAAAGAAAAGAAUACAAACAAAAUCUACAAUAAAGAAAUAAAUUCUAAAAUCUACAAAAGAAAAGAAUUCUAAAAUCUACAAAAGAAAUAAAAUUUAAAAUCUAUAAAAAAAGAAAAUUAUUUUAAAUACUAUUUUUACUUAUAUACUAAAAAAUAUAUUUACAAUUUCUAAAUUUCUUUUUCCUCUGGAUCGAGACAACAUUCUACAUAUAGUGAGAUUUACUAAACGGUAUUUUUAGUAUACAUGAAAUAUUAUGUAUUUUGAUAAAACUAAUUAUUAUAUACUAUGUAUGUGCCAUUCGAUGGUUGUAGUCAUUAAUUAAUAUUCGAAUACUUGAGAAAGUAUAUAUCAAAUUAUUUAUUGUAAAAGACAAAUUAUAAUAAAACGAUUUUUCUUACAA